GCUGUGGAGAAGUGUCAGCAAUUGUGGCAUUAGCCAGUAAAUUUGUUUUGGACGAUUUCUGGUCGAUGAAAAAUAGAGCUCUCCGCUGUUAGCAGGUGGUAGCGGAGCGGUGCUGGUGGUGGCAAAGGAGGAUCUACAGCAGCAGCAGCAGCGGAAAGUGGAGGAGGACGUUGAGGAAGUGUUGCUAUUUUCUUUGGGGUUUCGCAAAAAAAUAUAAACAUAUUCGAAACAUACGUUCGCAGUUCUUGACAAAAAUUGAUUGCUAUAAAUCACAUAUCAAACAUAGCAGCAAAAGAAAUAAAUUUAAACACAACCACGCAGAGUGUAGCAGACACCAGUAGCUUUAGCUGUAGCUGUAGUAGCAGGAGUAAAGGAUAACAACACAUACACAUGUGUUUGUUUGUGGUGGUCUAAGAAAAUACACACUUGUAAACGACAGCCAGCGAUACGGUGGUAUCAAGUCAAGAAUAACAAUAACAACGCCAAGCACACAUACUCGCAUACACACACAACAACUUUAAUUAGAAACCACUCAUACGCACACACACACACACACACAAACACACAUAUCAAGCACAAUGGCCGAUGCAGAGGAAGUUGUUGAGGAGCAGACUACCACCACUACAAAAUCAUCAUGGAAGAAAACUAGAACAACGACUUCAUCUACUACAAAAACUACAACAUUAACUACCCCAGCCAAACUUUACGGCAAGGAUUUGAGUGAAUACGAUGAUGUCGACGUUGAAACUCUGUUGGCCCAAUUGUCGCCCGAAGAAAUUAAUAUUUUGGCGAAGGAAGUUGAUCCAGAUGACAACUUCUUGCCACCCGAUCAACGUUGCAGUUAUGAGUGCGAGAAAGCCUCAACCGGCCCCUUGAAUCGCAAAAAAUUGAUUGAACACAUCAACAAACAGGCCAUUGAGGCUCCCGAUGAGCCCGAAUUUGAACCCUAUGUCAAGGGUACUGUGCGUGGCAAGAAAUGGGUGCCACCACCACGUGAUCAACGUGAGCUGGAUGCUGAAGAGAAGAUUUCCAUUGAUUUGGGAGAUGAAUACGAGAGUGCCUUGACCGAUGCCACACAAGAAGAAAUCAUUGAUUUGGCUGCCAUUUUGGGUUUCCACUCUAUGAUGAAUCAAGAUCAAUACCAUGCAUCUCUAUUGAACAAAGGCCAACCCGUUGGCUUGGGCUGGGAUGGUAUCACCAAGUCGACACAACAGAAAGUCUAUCCCAUGGAUCCACCCAACAAUACCGAUGUUGAGGAAUCCAUUAAGCGUAUCAAGGAAGAUGAUACCAAGCUGAUUGAUUUGAAUUUGAAUAAUAUCAAGAAUAUUUCCGAAGAGAAAUUGGAACAAUUGAUUGCAGCACUGCCUGAAAAUGAACAUUUGGAAGUAUUGUCCCUUACAAAUGUUGGCCUGACCGACAAGCUAGCUUUGUUAUUGGCUGAGGCCAUUGAGAAGAGCAAAACCUUGAGAGUAUUAAAUGUCGAAACAAAUUUCAUUAGUCCGCCUGUCAUAGUAAAAUUAGUUGAAUCCCUUCUUAAGUGUCGCACUAUUGAGGAAUUCAGAGCCUCCAAUCAGCGAUCACAAGUGUUGGGUAAUAAGAUUGAAAUGGAAAUUACCGAUUUAGUGGAGAAGAACACAUCACUGCUUAGAUUGGGUCUUCAUCUUGAGUUCAACGAUGCCCGUCAUAGAGUUGCUGCACAUUUACAACGCAACAUUGACAGAAUUGUGCGUGUACAAAAACUCAAGCCAAAUUUGCCCAAACUUAUUUUGCCACCGGGCAAUCAGGUCAUGGAGUACAUAGCUCCUCCCUCCAUGGAGCUGUCGCCUUCACCCUCACCCAUACCCCGUGUUGACUAUGAGGUCGAGGUGGAUCCCGAUAAUAUGGUUAUACGCGGCAGUCCCAUAACGCCAUCGCCUUCACCCUCGCCCUCACCUCAGCCUCCUCAUGAUUAUGAUGUGGAGGUGGAUCCCGAUAAUAUGGUUAUACGUGGGGGUGGCGGCGCUAAUAGCGUUUUCGAUUUCGAUGCGAUCUAUUAUGAAGAUUGCCAAGGAUCGAGAAGAGUGUCAUCUGCUUCGUCGUCCAUGUCAUCGACUGUAUCUACUGCUGCUGCCGCUGUCAAUUUAGCCAAUGAUAUGCCGGCUUAUAAUGAAGAUCUUACCAGCUAUAAAUCCCAUACUAAGAAAAGAUCUUGAGUUGCGUCUGCAGUACAGAUUUUUCAAUAAUCUUCACAGAAAUCCAACAAGAGUUCAGUAAAGAAACCCUCCCCUCCUCAAAAAAAAAAAAGAAACAAGUUAAAAAACUAAUAAAAAAUAUAUAAAAUCUAAAACUACAACAUCAAAAAACCACCAAAACUACUUUGAAGAAACACAUACACAUACAUUUAUAAACAUAAUAAUUUUUUUUGAAAUUCUCAAAACAAAAAUGAAAAAAUUUUAUUUAAAACGCGUUUCAUUACAUAAAUAAAAGGAAAACGUUUUCUCCGAAAUCAAAAACCAGCAAAAACAAAUGCGUUUUUUCAACUAUACAUAGCAAAACGUAGCAAAAAGGUCCUGAGGACCAAACGACUGAUAGCGGACCACUGAGAAAUGAGUGAGGAACUCUUCUCCAAAUUUCGUUAAAAAAACAGUCAGAAUCAAAGUUAAAAAAACUUAAUUAAGAAAUAAGAAAACGUAACCCAAUAAACACUAUAUCAACGCUUUAUUUUUCUAACUUUAAUUUUAUAUAAAAAACAUAAAUACACACACACACAAAAACACUCACUUAAACUAAUCAAAAAUGUUGUUGUGAAAAUGAAAAGAAGAAACAAAAAUCUUUUCAUCACAUAAAAACUUAAAAUCAUCACAAAAAAUCAUAAAAAUAAUAAUGAAAAUCAAACGAAUCUCAUCACUAUAUACUAUUCGUAUAAUAAUAGUUAUAAAAAACCUAAAAACAAAAAAUCUAAACCCCAAACUUGAGUAAAUAAAACGAAAAAUCGUAUAACAAAUAAAAUCAUCUAGAAGACUUAAGGAUAUAUAAGAAAAGCUGUAAACCACAACUGAUUUUAAACGACGAGUCCUACAAUUACUCCUUCAAAGCUCCCAUUAUGCUAGAUACGAAUCAUCUCCCCCCUUUCUAAAAGGGGAAGGGAGCCCAAGCAUUAUACUAUGCCACCAAAAUAUCAAAAAAUUGGAAAAAUCAUUUCGUUUUUGAUUUGGAUAAAAUUUUGUAUGAUUUAAAACAAAAAUAAACCAAAAGAGACUCUAAACUGCGAUUUACAGAUUAAGUAAAUUUUAGUAAACCAACAAAAGCCCCCAAAAAGAAAAGAAACAAAAACUAACUAGAAAAAACAUCACUCCCCGAAAACUUAGUACUACUACGAAACUUAGGAUAUAACAUCCCCUAAACAUCACAGAAAUAUUUUAUAGAAAAUAUCCAAUAAAAUGAAACUAAAAUCAUAACUUCCCUUAUAUACCAAAAACAAAACGAUAAACCAAACUUAAUAAUACUACUGCGUGAAUUUAAUUUUACUACAACAACCAAUUUAAUACCAAGAAAUCUGGAUAAUACAGCAGCAAGCAACCAUAUCUUGUAUACCACUAUCAUAUUACCAACCAUCCGACCCACAACAACUACUUAGAGAAAAUACGUGUGCAACGCCUGAAUCAACGUAAAUAAACAACUUUACGUUCUUUUUAAGUAAAACAACAAAAAGUAAAGCAUCCAAAAGAACCACAACCAAGAAACCAUUUUGUUUUGAUAAGAAUCCUCCAAUGAAUAUCUGAAUGUUUGUUUGUUCUAUGUGAAAAAAAAAUCCAGCAACCAACACCUUUAACAAAAAACAAAACCGCAAACCGAGUCAUAACGUGUUCUUUCUCAUUAAUCAAUUGCCUUAUUGUAAUCACUCCUAAAUGUCAACACUACAUCAUCAAUCUGUAUGUGAGAAAAAAAAUUCUUAAUGCAACAGCAACAACAACAUCUACACAAGGAUACCAUCAUGGGUGGCCAACUCAUGUCCUACAACUUCCAAUUUAUGUGAAUGCGCCAAACAACACACACAACACCACCACCACCAAGAAAAGUCCCCAUAAUACGAUUUUUGUGAAAUCUCUGGACGUCAGCGACGCGUGGGACAUUUUGGCCGAAAUUAUACCAUUGGCGUUUGGCAGUAAAAUCCUGGCUAACAAACAGCCACAAACUAUUCGCCCAAGCAAUCAAUAUCAUAUAUGCAUGCAUACAUAUUCAACAAUAUAUUCGUAUAUAUUUUUUACAAAAUUAUUUAUGUAUUUUAUAUACAGAAGUUUAAAAAAAAAAACAUAAAACAUAUUUUUUCUUGUAUGUAAAUUAGUGUGUAAGAAACAUUUGAAUGAUUCACAAAAAGUCAUUAAAUUCAUGUUCUACAUAUUUUUCAUAUUUUUCAAUUGUAUAAUUUAUAAUUGUUGCAAUUUUGUCUUUUAAAAAUUUUAAAAAAAUUUCUAAAUUUAAUAUUUAAAUAUAAACAAAAAUUUGAAUUUGAAAAUAUUUUCUAUGUUGCUUAUUUGAUUGUUGUGUAUUUUUGAACAAAAAAAAUAUAAAAAAAAUCAAUUAAUGCGGCAAUGAAAAAUUAUGUUAACGCAAAUUAUUGUUAAAAUAUGGAUUUUUGGAAUAUUUACUUAAAACUUUUUAAUAUUUCAAUCGUCAAAAAAAAAUAAAUUUUAAUAAAGAAAAGUCAAUGAAUUUCCUAGGAAUCAAAAAAAAAAAGAUGGAAAAAUUUUUAAUUUUUUGGAUUUUUUUCAAAUCUAAAAAAAGUUUAAAAAAAAUUAAAUUAUUUUAAAAUUGAAAAUAUUUUAUUUAUAGUUGAAAUUGCAAAUAUUUCAUUUAUUGCAUGUCCCCUUUACAUUUUCAUACUUUUUCAAAUUUUUUAAAAUUAAAAAAAAAUCACCUAUAAAAAUGUGUAUGAUGUUGCUGCAAGAUUUUUUCUUACAAAAUAUAAAAAGUUCGUAAAAUUUCUAAAAACUAAUAAAAAUUAAAAUAAUAAAAAUUUUUUUUAAACAGUUGAAAAUUUUCUAUAUUAAAAAAAGAACACUUAACAACAACAAAACAAACAAAUAAAAAAAACAAAAUUAAGAAAAAGACAUUUGCUUAUAAAAAAUUCUCUUAUAUAAAUGGUAACUACUUAGAAUUUUCCUUAAUUGUUGUAAGCUUAUUUUUAUUAGAAUAAUUUUCUAACAAGGUAUGCUUAAUACAAUACAAAAACUGAACAGAAAAACUAAAAAUUUUAAGAGAAAAUCCAAACAGGCUUAAUUUCACCACAAAAGCUCUCACACGUACACAUUUAAAUAAAAAAGAAAACUAAAAAGUUUAAAAUUUUAAACAGUAAAAAGAAGUAACAAUUACAGCUUUUAUAAAUCUUCAAAAUAA